AUGCGUUUGGCGGACUGUGGGGUGUUGUACUGCCGUUUUUUACCAGCAGUGGACAGCAGCAAGCAGCAACAGUCUCUCCAGAGGUGGAUGUGGAUGAGUGUGUGUGGGAUUGAAUCAGGGCGAACUGGGCUGCCACUGUCACAGCACAGAACUAAUACAAUAGCGAAACAUGGCUACUGAGACGAUAUCAGCCUGCACCGGAUCCAACUUACUACAGCCAAUAAGCGAGAUAACCAACCUUCCGUUAGAUCAGGUGAACUUUGUAGUAUGUCAGCUCUGUGCCCUGCUCACGGCCGUGUGGUUCAGGCUCUAUCUGCACCCCAGCAAGACCAGUCCUUUUGUGCGGCAUGUGGUGGCCACACUGCUGGGCAUAUACUUUGCCCUCUUCUGCUUUGGCUGGUAUGCUCUUCAUUUCCUGCUCCAGAGUGGCAUUACUUAUGGAAUAAUGAUUCUGACCGGAGUCGAGCACAUGCACAAAUACUGUUUGGUGGUCGCCCUGGGUUAUCUAAGCUUCUGCCAAAUUACCCGGGUUUACGUCUUUGAUUACGGAAUGUACUCUGCAGAUUUCACUGGGCCAAUGAUGGUCAUCACACAGAAGAUAACCAGUGUGGCUUUUGAGAUCCAUGAUGGAAUGGCAAGGAAAGAAGAUCAACUAAACCAAAGUCAAAAACUGUUGGCCAUAAGACGAAUGCCCAGUUUAUUGGAGUACUUCAGUUACAACUGUAAUUUCAUGGGGAUUUUGGCUGGUCCCACCUGCUCUUAUAACGAUUACAUAGCCUUCAUCGAGGGCACCCCCUAUCGCCACAGAGACCUUGAGACCAAAGGAAAAGUCAAUGUGAAGAGCAGACUGAACGACCCUUCACCAAAUACAGAGGUCGUCCGGAAACUGGCCACCUGCUUCAUCUCUCUGCUGGUCUUUCUCUCCGUCUGCAAAGUCUGUCCUGUGGAGCGUAACGUUGAUGAUGAUUUUAUUGCCACCACGCCCUUCUAUGCUCAGGUGGUCUACCUGUAUUUGUCCAUGCUGACCACCCGGCCUAAAUACUACUUUGUUUGGACUUUGGCUGAUGCCAUCAAUAACGCAGCAGGAUUUGGAUUUAAUGGCUACGACAGUAAUGGUUUGCCUCGAUGGGAUCUCAUUUCCAACCUCAGGAUCAUGAAUAUAGAGCUUGCCACCAGCUUUAAGGUAUUCCUGGAUAACUGGAACAUUCAAACAGCACAUUGGCUUAAAAGGGUGUGUUAUGAACGUUGUCCCUACAACCCCACUGCUGCAACCUUCCUGCUGUCAGCCAUGUGGCACGGGGCUUACCCAGGCUAUUACCUCACCUUCCUCACUGGCAUCGUCAUCACUCUUGCAGCCAGAGCUGUGAGACACAAUGUAAGACCGUACUUCUUGGGUUCUCCAGCUCUCAAGUUUGUGUAUGAUGUCAUCACAUGGGCGGCUACACAGAUUGCCAUUUGUUACACAGUGGUUCCCUUCGUUCUGCUUUCUGUGGGUCCCUCGCUCAAGUUCUACAGGUCAAGGUACUUCUGCAUUCACAUAGGCUGUAUACUGCUGGCCAUCGCGUUGCCUGUGAAACCACGCCAUCUGCGGCUGAAAGAGCAACAGCCUGCUGUACAGCCAAGUCUGGAGAGCACAGACAGCAACAGCAACCAGAAACAAAAAGCCACAUGAGUCCCGGAACACCUUACCAAUCUUCUAUACACACACAGACUGGGCAAAUGUACCUAUUCUCCAGCCACACAUGAAGCGAGUCAGAUAAACUAAAGCUCACAAAUAAACCAACCAACCAGCCUCUGUCUGGACUGAUAGAGUAAGUCAUCCCUUGGCUCAGUAUAGUGUACUGGGAUUGGACAGUGAUUUGAGAUGAUGGAAUCAAAUCUGACUGGUAUAAGAGGAGUUUUAUUGCCAAGAAAACACUGUUGUAUAGAAUUAUGUGACCUUGCCUUUGUAAUUCAACUUGUCACAGCAAGUAUUAGUGUCCUAAUCUGGUGGUCUUGCAUUGGGCUUGUAAAUAGGAUUUUCUUGCAAGGGACAAGGCCAAUACCACUUGCAGAAAGCUGGCAACAUUAUAUUUGAAAGCAAAGAUUUUUAAUGUGGUAGGGGUAAAAAUAAAUAUGACUAACUAAACUAAAAUCUAAUAAA